AGACAAUUUUGUGUAAAUCUAUCACAAGCGUCGAAAAGGAACUGGUCCAAACAAUUUGAAAUUCGAUUAGGGAAACAACGUAGAAAAUACGUAGGAGUUUGAUAAUUGCAAUGGCAGAAGAAGGUAACCACAGAGCUGAGCUCAUUUACACCGCCAAGCUCGCUGAGCAAGCUGAACGGUAUGAUGAAAUGGCUGAUGCCAUGAAGUCAUUGGUAGAAACGUGUAUUAAUGAAAAGGAGGAACUUACCGUUGAGGAGCGCAAUUUGUUAUCUGUAGCAUACAAAAACGCUGUUGGCUCCAGGAGAGCAUCAUGGCGUAUAGUUUCAAGCGUUGAGCAAAAGGAGGCCAGUAAGUCAAAUGCUGCACACAAGGCCUUGGCGAGCGAAUAUCGUAUCAAAAUUGAAAAGGAGCUUGAUCAGAUUUGCAACUCCAUUUUGAACCUCUUGAACACAAAGCUUAUUACAUCUACACAAGAGAGUGAAAGUUUGGUCUUUUAUUAUAAAAUGAAGGGUGACUACUACCGCUACAUUAGUGAGUUUUCCUGUGAUGAGGGAAAGGCUCAAGCUUCUGGUUCUGCAAAAGAGUCUUAUCAAAAGGCCACAGAAAUCGCAGAAAGUGAAUUAAAGCCCACCCAUCCAAUAAGACUAGGCCUUGCCCUGAACUUUUCGGUCUUCUUUUACGAAAUUUUAAAUAAGCCACACGACGCUUGUGAAAUGGCUAAACGUGCAUUCGAUGAUGCAAUUACAGAGUUUGAUUCCGUUUCUGAGGACUCUUAUAAGGACUCCACAUUAAUCAUGCAACUUCUUAGGGAUAAUCUCACACUCUGGGCCAGCGAUAUCCAAUCGGAUUCCGUUGAUGAUAAAAAACCAGAAGAGUAG